AGCAGCAGCGGCAGCAGUUCUUUGUGAGAAAAAGACGUCACUGCGCUGGAUCUGUUUUCCUCUGCGCUGAGAGCGUACGACAAGUGCGCAAAUGCGCAGUUGCGCAGCUUCGAGGGAACAUUGGUCGCCGGCUGUCCUCGUUCCCCCCUCGGUUCCGUCAGCCAGUGCCGCUGACCUCUGUCACCUAGCCCCGGGCCACGCUCAGCAGGUAGGCCCAUUUAUAAAGUCACAAAUUUCAUCUAUUUCCAAGGACUUUUGACGGCCCCGGCAUUUCUCAACGGACUUUUCGGCACGAGGUUGGGUUCACCUCCGGUUGGAAUUGCGGUCGGUGCUCAUUGUGGGAGGAAAUAAAACAAAACAUUUGAAGACUACGCAACGGGACAAGCUGAAAGGAAAAGAAGACAGAAAGCUUCAGGAUGAGCUUUGAAGCCAGAACCCGACUUUGAGGCAGACGCCAACGAGGAUUUGCAAUUUGGUUCCGAGCCAGCGACUGCGAGAGGCCGUCCGUCCGAUCGCGUGCGAUGUUCUCUCGGAGGGAAUAAAAGCCACUCCUGAGCUCCCGCGAAGAAGGAUCUUUGAUCCGACCAAUGCUGCCGCCGCUCUCACGGGGGGAAUUGUUCCUGCCGGCAUUCAGAAACGAGCACCAGUCGACCACGUGAUACUUGACCUUCAAGGAGGCGAACUCCGGAGGAUGUCAAAUCAGAUCUGAAGCUUUUCCCGAGAGGAUCGUCGAGCGUUUGCUAAUACGCGCGCGUCAUGGCCGAGUGAAGAGGGCUAUUGGUCGUCGGUAGAGGAGUAGCGGACAUCACGGCACGAAUAUGAAAUUGAUUUUUCCGGCGGUGACGUGCCCGUGACAAAGACGGAAAAGGAGGGCAAUUCGAGUCCGGGAGUUGGCGUCGGGUCGACCCAUGGUGGACUUGCUGUGAGCCGGACGAGGGACCAGCGGUGGAGGAUGUCAGCGGAGGCCGAGCUCCAGCCGGGUGUCCAAACCAUCCACAGAAAGGAGUCCAGGAGGAUCAAAGGUCAGGACCGCACCGAGGCGGGGCUUAUUAAGCGUUUCCGUGGAGAUGGCGUGCGCUACAAGGCCAAGCUGAUCGGGAUUGACGAGGUGACAGCAGCACGCGGCGACAAGCUGUGCCAGGACUCCAUGAUGAAGCUCAAGGGCGUGGCUUCCUCGGCGCGUUCCAAAGGGGAGCACAAGCAGAGGGUCUUCUUGACGGUCUCCUUCGGAGGGAUCAAGAUUUACUGUGAACGAUCGGGGGUGCUCCAACAUCAGCACUCGGUCCACGAAAUCAGCUACAUUGCCAAGGACACCAGGGACCACCGGGCCUUCGGCUACGUCUGCGGAAAGGAAGGCCACCACAGGUUCGUGGCCAUCAAGACCGCCCAGUCGGCGGAGCCUCUCAUCGUCGACCUGCGCGACCUCUUUACGCUCGUCUUCGACCUUAAGCAGCGGGAGGAGAUGGAGAAAAAGGCCCAGAAGGACAAACACUGCGAGCAGGCCGUCUACCAGACCAUCCUGGAGGAUGAAGUGGACGAUCCCGUCUACCAGUACAUAGUGUUUGAGGCCGGACACGAACCCCUGAGCGGCCCCCAGUCAGAGGAGAGCGUUUACCAGGUCCCAACCAGUCAGCAGAAGGAAGGCAUCUAUGAUGUCCCAAAACGCCAUUUCAUGACUAAUAUCAACCACUUUGAUCUUUUCGGCGACAUGUCCACUCCUCCCUCGAUGCCCCCGUCGCCCGCCAACACGCUGGACCCGAGCAGGAUCGGCCGCCAGCCGCAGCCGCACAACCCCGCCGAGAUGUACGCCCCCUUCAGCCCCGCCUCGGUGCCGUCAGGUUACAUGACCAUGGGCCCCGUGCAGGCGACCCAGUGGGGCCAGCAGCCCUUUGCCGGCCAGAACCAGACUCUGGCCUUCCCCGUGCAGGGGCCCCUGCAGGUGGCCCAAGUCCUGCCCGGGGGUCAGCCCGUCAUCUGGAGCCAGGCCAACAUUUUCCGGGCCAGCCAGCAGCAGUGGGCGGCCAUGGCGGCUUACGUGCCGGCCCAGACCGUCCCGGCCGCCGUGCUCCAAAGUCUGGUGCCCGUUACCGCCGUGCGCCCCCAAGCCUGCGACCUGUCCGCCCCUCCUUCGGCCAUCGCCAGCCCGCGGCACGCGGCCGACCCCGCCCCCCUGCGGAGGCGGCUCAGCCUGGAAAAAGACGGCCCGGAGGCGGGGGAGGGCCCCGCCGGGGUGUCGGAGAGCGGCCUCGUCGGCGGAACCGACACGCCCCCUGCUGCUCCGGAAGAAGAAGGCAGCGACCUUGAUCUGUCUCGGAUGACCUUGAGCCCGGGGGCCUCCCCGUCGCCGUCGACUGAAUCACCAGCGUCCACGCCGGCCCCUCCGCAGAACUCUUCUUCGGACUCCCGAGCCGUCGAUCGCCUCCGGGUCGACUCCGGCCAGGAGCAAUCGGACUCUGCCGCCGCGAGGCCGACGUCUCCUUUGCCCGACGUAGCCGGCGACCCAUCGCGGGACCCGGCGAGGCCGCAGGAAGCCAUUCGCCCCGGCCGGCCAACGAUGGCUUCGGCGACCGGGCUGGCUUUGGGCUGCCGUCUCCUCGUCUCGGCGGCGCUCAGCUUGUCGCUGGCAAGUACAGUCGCUUUGACGUCGGGCAGCGGUGAGGACGGGAGGGCCCGUGAAGCUCGCUCGGUUCAGCCCGUGGACUGCGUCCUGUCCGAGUGGAGUCCGUGGUCACGCUGUGACGUUUGUCAGGGGAAAAGGUAUCGCUUCGCCAAGCUGAGCCAGCCGUCACAGUUCGGAGGGGAGCCGUGCGAUUUUCACGGCAGGGAGGAGGAAGUCUGCGAGGUUCCAGCGCGUUACACCUGCAACAACAUCCCCCUGUGCGAAGGCUUCCUGUGCAGUCAAACAGGUCGCUGCAUCCCACGAACGCUGCAGUGUAACGGGGAGGACGACUGCGGCGACAUGUCCGACGAAGCGGGAUGCAGGACGAGUCGGAAGCCCUGCAGGCACGAGGCUGAGGAGUACUGGGGCAUCGAGAGCCUCGCCAAGGGUAUUAGCAUCUUGAAUAGCAAGCUGGAGGGAGUCGUCCUGGAUAACAGAUACUACGCCGGCAAUUGUCUGCCUCACUACAUCCAGGAUGUCCGAUUCAGGAAGCCGCACAACUUGCAGCAGUACACGUUGCAGACGAAAGGCUCGUACGAUUUCACUCUGGACGCUUUCGAGUCGUACUCGGACUACAAGGACCACACCCUGAAGGAGCGGAAGACCCAAACGACCGUCUCCUUUGGAUUUGCCAUCCCGGGUGUUUUUGAAUUUGGCUUCAACCACGACAAUGCCAAAUACUCCAAGUCGGAGCAGAAGAUUCGUCGGGCCUCCGGAAAGGCGAACAGCUUCAUCAGGGCCAAAGCCGAGCUGGAGUUGGCCCAGUACAUGCUCAAGCCGGACAACCUGAUGCUGAGCCCGGAGUUCCUGCGGCGUCUGCGAGCUUUGCCUCAGGCCUACGUUUAUGGCGAGUACAGGCAGAUCUACAGAGACUACGGGACGCACUACGCCACAGAGGCCGCCCUCGGAGGCUCCUACGAGCACACCAUCAUCCUGGACAAAGAAAAGCUGCAGAAGUCGGAUUACUCGUUGACAGACUACAAAUCGUGCACGCAGUCAGGAUUUAAGAUCGGCGCCAACAUAUACGGCGUUUACGUGUCGGUGGGCUUUCAGGGAGGAUCCUGUGACGGCCUCCUCAAUGAGAUGGGAGAGGACACCGCAAAUGGUCGCAUGGUGGAGGACACUGUGGCGGUGGUCAGAGGGGGCAGCAGCGAGUCCAUCACCGCUUUGGUGUCCCAGAAACUUCCCUCUCCGGAGCUGAUGAAGCUGUGGGGCGAGGGAGUGCGCUUCAACCCAGACUUCCUUCGCAGAACGACCCGACCGCUGUACGAGCUGAUCACCUCCAGAGACUUCAGCCAGGACGCCGCCCUGAAGAGAAACCUGAAACGGGCCCUUUUGGAGUACUUGGAAGAGGCCAGCUCGUGUCGAUGCGCUCCUUGCCGCAAUAAUGGCGUGGCCGUACUCAGAGGCACCAGAUGCGACUGCGUGUGUCCCGUCGGCUACGGCGGCCGCGGCUGCGAGGUGACGCACAGACAGAAAGAUAUCGCCGUCGACGGCGGCUGGAGCUGCUGGGGUUCGUGGUCCUCCUGCGCCGGAAGAACGAAGACCAGGAGCCGCCGCUGCGACAACCCGCCGCCCGGCGACGGAGGCCUGCCGUGCGGAGGCUUGCAGCAGGAGUCCGCCGAGUGCUUUUAACGGAGCCCGACUCGCACACGUCCAUUAAAU